AUUUUCCGACCCGGACAAUGAUAAGCUCUUCAAGGAUAUUGUGGCUCUCAAAAGCAGCGACCCAAAUCUCAAAAUCCUCAUUUCAUUUGGCGGGCCUGGCCCUGCUAGCAGGAUCCUUGCGCGUAUCGCCAGUUCAUCGUCAACCCGCAACAAUUUUGUCAAAAGUGCUCUCAAUUUUAUCAAGAAAUACAAUUUCGACGGGAUAGAUCUGGACUGGGAAUAUCCACUUGGAGCCGCUAGCAAUCACGCAGCCCUUUCUAAAGUUUGUUUUAAUUA